GUCUGCCAGCAGCCAUUUUUCAAACCGAUUGACUGGGAGAAACUAUACCGGAAGGAGAUUGAGCCUCCUUACAAGCCAUCUGUUCAAAGCGAGACCGACACGAGCUACUUUGACAAGGUAAUCGCCCCAGUCACUGAGGAGUUUACUUCUGCCCCAGUGCAACUUACGCCCCCUCCUGUUCGAUCUGGCCCUCUUGCCACCGUUGAUGAGCUGGACGAAAUGCAAUCGAACUUCACGCAGUUCUCGUUCCACAACACUCUUGACAGCAGUUUACGGGAAGCAAGUGAAAUGAUGGAGUAA